UAGGAUUUUUUUCAUAAGUAUGUUUAGAGGAGUACAUCGAUUUUAUUUUAGACUUCGUCUCGAAAAAGUUUGUGUGAAAAGUGUAAACUGAUCUCACAUGGGCCAAAAUAUUAAAUAAUUAAAAGUUUUUUCACCGAUAUUCAGGAUUAACAAGACUUUCGUUUUCGACAUUACUAUUUAAAACUGCUGUCACUGCCAUCUAUGACUCAACUGAAAGUUAUUCUUUUCUACUUUAGCCCAGUUUUUCGGCCAGUGUUCACUAUAUAAUAUAACGGCGAACUGAGGUCUGCGGAGCACACAGAAUUCUACACAGGCUGACACACAGUGCAGUAGACUACGGCAGACAUGGCAACGUCAAUUAAAGAAGUGGACUUGUCCAACAAAAGGCUACAGGAGAUUCUCAGUGUAGCAAAUGACUGGGCACUUUGCAAUGGGAUCAGUAUAAGGUCUGGUGCAGAUGGAGUUGAAGCUGAAAAAGCCGUCCCAGCUCCCUACGCUCUGUUUCCUAGUGUUGUUCCGGCUCCUGUCUUAGAGCAGGCUAAAUCUACCAUGACUCACUUCAGCCGACUCAUGCAUAAAGUCUCUAUGGACCAUGAGUUUUUAGAACAGUCUUUGAAAAAUGUUAUUCAAGUGGACCCUUUCAUGCUGAGCUUGUGGAACAUCUACUGUAAAGUCAGGGAGUCGGGGAUCAAGCAGCCGCUCCAUCUAGGCUUGUUCCGAAACGACUUCAUGAUGAACUGCCUUGAUAGUAUUUCUCCUGGUCAGAUUGUCGGUGCAGACCGGCUUGAGCUCAAGCAGAUUGAGUUUAAUUCUAUUGCUGCAAGUUUUGGGGGACUCACAGGGCAGAUUGUAGAUUUGCAUAGACUGUCUCUUGGAAUGGCUGGGAAAGAUAUUAAACCAGAACAGAUUCCUGACAACAAGCCUGCUGUAGGACUUGCUGAUGGCAUGGUUAAAGCAUGGGAGCUCUACGGAAGUCCCAGGGCUGUGAUCAUAUUCUUAGUGAGUACCUUGGAGCGAAAUGUCAUGGAUCAAAGAUGGCUGGAGUUCAAAGUGUACGACAGAAACCCCAAUAUCCGUAUUCUCCGCAAGACGCUCUUAGACAUUAAUAAUCAUGGGCAUUUGGAUGACCAGAGCAGACUCAUCAUAGAUGGGGAUGAAGUAGCAUUGAUAUACAUGAGGGAUGGAUACACUGCAGAAAACUACACUUCUCAAAAGGAAUGGGAUGCAAGGCUGAAAUACGAACUGUCUCGUGCCAUCAAGUGUCCUUCUGUGCAGUAUCAGCUCGUCGGAGCCAAGAAAAUCCAACAGGAGCUGGCUCGGCCCGGGGUUUUGGAACGCUUUGUCUCUGACCCACAAGUGGUCAGCACACUGAGGGCUACCUUUGCUGAUCAGUAUAGUCUGGAUCUGAAUCAAGAAGGAGAUGCUGCUGUAAAGCUCGCGUUGCAGUCUCCGGCCAAAUUUGUAUUGAAACCCCAACGCGAAGGUGGAGGUCACAACUUGUACAAUGAUGACAUCACCAAUUUCUUCACCGAGCACAAUCAAUCCAAAGAGCGGAGUGCGUAUAUUCUCAUGCAGAGAAUAUUCCCAUGGCAACAGAAAAACUAUCUUGUCAAGCCUGGAGUCCCUUUUGUUUUGUCGGAUGUCAUCAGUGAACUAGGAGUAUAUGGAGUAUAUAUUGGAUCUGCUGACUCUGAGGUCGUGAACUAUGAAUGUGGUCAUAUGAUGAGGACCAAGAUUCAGGGCACGGAUGAGGGAGGCAUUGUGGCAGGCUUCGCCGUUUUGGACACCCCUCUAGUCAUCUAGAUAAUUGUUUAUCUUGAAAAUUGUUCUUCUAGAAAAAUUGUCUACAAAUGUAAAUGUUUACAGAACAGAAGUUCUUUGUUUUGACAGUCUGUCUGUGUCUUGCAAAAUACUUUUAGCUUGAUCUGAAAUUAUUUUUAUAUCUGUUGCCAAACAUGUUUGUGAUACAAUUUAUUAUACAUUGAGUGAUAGUAAUUGUGUGGGAAUUUCAGAGAAAUAGAUAGUCUGUGUUCUUUUUGCCUUUGUCUUUUUUUGUCUCAAGAUUGCUCUCAAUAAAUUUGAUAGAUGGUAGCAUGUUGGUGAGUAUUUGUAGGGGGAAGUAGCUCUUGAUUAUGAAGUGCCAGAUCUGAAACAGACAUUGGUGAUCAUGGUUUGCCACUCAUUUCUGUGCUUGGGCGCUCUUAAAAAAACAGAUUUUUCCUAUUCUUUCCCCCAUCACCCCUCUGCUCUAGUGUUUAGAGUAAAUUGUUCUUGAUCUACCGCUGUCAGUGUUUGGGAAUUGUAUUUUACUUUGUAUUGACCUCUUUUCCACUGUUGACUAUGGUGGGAUUGUUAGACUCUUUGCUGUUGCGUGUAAAAGAGAUGAGUUUGGUUGCCAUAUAUGAGGGAAAGUUUUUUCUGUUUAUUAAGUUGAGUGUUUUGAAAAUGAUCCAUGGGCAUGUUGUGAAUGUACAGAAAUAUGUGUGGA